AUGAAUCAAAUGUGGAUACAAUCAGAUAGCAAUUCAGAUGUAAAAAUAAUCGCAGGAAACGAACCGAAUAUUAAAGAAUUUAGUGUACAUUCAUCAGUUUUACGUUCUCGUUCACUUUAUUUUCAAAGAGCUCUAUCAGAGCGAUGGAAAAAUCAAAAACAUGGGAUUUAUAUUAUUACAAAGCCAAAUAUUCAUCCUAAGAUUUUUAAGUUAAUUCUUGACUAUAUUUUAACAGGAAAAAAUAUAUUGCAUACAUCAGCUGAAGAUUCUUUAAAUAUAUUAGUCGCAUCUGAUGAACUUGAACUUCUCGAUCUUGCUGAAUGUGCUCAAAAGCGUUUAAUCGAAGAAUUUUCUCCAUGUUUUACUAAAAUAAUUGAUAAAAAAAUUUUUAAAUUUCGUGAAUAUGGCGCUGAUGCUCAAGUCCUUGGUUUUAUUUUUUCAACACCAUAUUUUACAUUAGAAAAGAGGCCAUAUUAUAGUAAAACUUUAAAUAGUUUUAUUUUUUCAUUUACUGAUCAAUCAAAUCCAAUACUGAGUAGGGUAAAAACUGAAAGGAAAGAUAGGGCUAUUUGGAACAAUAAGACAUGCGGACCUUCAUUUGUAACAGAUUUGUGUAUGAAAGAUUCAAAUCGUUGGUUUAGUUACCAGAGAGCUUAUGAACGUAGUAUAUCUAAUUCAAACGAAUUAAUUGCUGAAGAAUAUGAAGUACUUGCAUUUGAUAAUGAUUAUAAUUCAAUGAUUAAUAUAUUUCUAAAAAUUUUAGAAAUAACCAAAAUACUUGUAUUUCAUUCACUUGAUACAUUAAAUGGUAAAUUUACAAACAUUCAAUAG